AGAGAGAGAGAGAGUCAGUAAACCCCUUUACACACAGCAGAGGUCUCCUUCUGAACAGGUUACAGAUGCAGAUAUAAAUAUUCAAGCGGAGGUAAGCAGACAUGAGCUGCAGAGUGGAGGUUGUUUCCGGUCAGUCAGUGAGCUGCUGUGCUGUGAUGGUGAAAGCUCAACAGUGUUUGUUUGGCGGCUCUGAGAGAACAGCUCCAGAGUUCAGCUGAUUGAUUCUAAUCAGCACUACACUAUCACCACAGCAGCAGUACACAGACGGAGGCAGCACAGCGAUGAUGAGCCUGUGUGCAGUGAAGGAGCGUCUGCGCUGCGCGUCUGCGGAGCUGCGUGUGACGCAUGCGCGGAUCAGCCAAUAGCAGCCCGGGAUGCGCAGCGGAGUUGCGCAGAUGCGCAGUGAGCAGCGCAGCCAUUAUUACUCUUCCUCUGAAAUCUGAAUACUCCGCUCGGCUGCUCUGCUCCUGCAGUUUCCCCGAGACUCCGCACAGCCGCAGUGAGCUGCAGAGAUCCGCUGCUCUGACUGGGAGUUCAGAAAGUUCAGCGGCUGCAAGAUGAUGACCUCCCCGCCUGCGGCUGCCGGAGCGCCGGUCUGCGGAGAUGUGUGCGCCCGCAGCGGCUCUGGAGCUCCGGAGGCCCAGACACCCGCGCGGAUCUAUCCGCUCAGCGCCUUAUCCUCCACACCCACAUUCAGCAGCAGAGACAGCAAAGGCCCACAUGCUCCUCCUCGUGGUCUUGAACCCGUCUCCUCCUCCUCUGAGUUCCCCCACGGGGCGGUGCUGCAGCUGAUGGAGGCGAUGCGGCGCUGCUGGAGUGUGUUCGGCGCGCGCGAGCGUUCGCUGCUGUUCCAGAGUGUGCAGAAGGAGCUGGAGGCGCACGGACACACACUGCCCGUCGAGAGGAUCCGCCGCAAGUGGAACAACCUGAUCGUCACGUACAAGCGGGUGAAGGAGCGCAGCGCCCUGAGCGGAGGACACGCCAAAACCUCCUGGGAGUACUACGAGAUGAUGGACAGUAUUUUAGGGACGGCUCCGUGUGUGCAGCGGGGCCCGGCGUCUGCCACUCUGGUUGGGUUUGCCAGCUCAGCUUCAGCUGCAGUGCGGGCGGAGGAUCCUCCAUCAGUGCCUGCUGUGCCCGCUCUGCUGCCCUCCAGCCUCCAGAUGCCCACACCGGCCCCCGUGCCCGUGCUCUGCAAACUGAGCCCCAAGUGCAGCCCUGAGGCCCCAGGGCCCGUCCCGCUGCAGGCCCCGCUAGGCUCCCGGCGGCGCAGACUGCGGCCCCUGCGUUCGGGCCCCGGGGCCCCUGCGGCGACGGCAGUGGAGGAGCGCACGGCUCUCCUGCGCAGCUUCCUCAGCGGGCAGCAGGAGCGGGUGCGGGCAGAGCAGCAGCAGCAGCGCAGGAGUGAUGCCCGCGGGCGGCGCAGGGAACGGGCAGCGCGGGCAGCGGCGGAGGGCAUGGGCAGGAUGGCGGCGGCGCUGGAGCUCAUCUGCUCAAAACAGGACACCAUCAUCGCCCUGCUGCAGCGGCUGGCUGACCGCCACUGACAACACACACUCACACACACACACACGUGUAAACACACACACAAUCCCUCCGUGGUGGUGUGUUUCGGACUCUAAUAAUCUGAGCAGGCACUAGAGAGGCUUCAAAUGAAAUGUCAUUUUAGCCCUGAGACAGAUUGAUUGAUUGAUUGAUUAAUUGAUUGACUGAUUGAUUGAUUGAUUGAUUGACAGAUGUGGCAUGUGUUGGGUCAGUGUUGAUAUGACAGUAAUCUUCAUCUGAGCUGGGCUGGUCUGUUCUAAUGCUCUGAUUAACUCAUUGAUUACUCAUCCUGAUCAAUAUUAAACUCAAAGGAAGAUGAGAAUAAAGCCUUGUGUAAAUAAAUGUUGUUCAUGUUCA